AAGCAAACCAAGUGCCAACCUGGAUUUAGUAUUAUUAUUAUUGCACCUGUUCUGUGCCCUGUCAAAAGCUUUUUAAAUACACUGCAACUUCCCGUAUUUUCUCAUUAAAACAACUUUCAGUUUUGACAGUAAAAGAGAAUAUUUCCCAUAUGAAAAAAAUUGGGUAUUUCCUUAUGAGUCAUAGUUAGGGGUAUAAUUAAGACUGAUAUAAAAAGACAGCCACUCUAAAUAAUCCAAUUUUCAACAACUGUCUCAGUGACAUGAUUGGGCAUUGCUUAUCUCCAGCAUAGAAAACAUCCUAUCCUGUUGAACUAAUAAUCAAAUAUGGAUUCUACAAGAAGAACUAGUAUUGAAAAUUGUGACAGCAGUGUUUACAAGCAUGGUUUCUUCAUAAAAUCACCACCACCUCAGCUUUUUAAUAAUCAGGUUUCCUGGAAAAAGAGAUAUUUUAUUCUUUCUCAUUCUGCCCAAAAUCGUUAUAUCUUGAGCUAUCACAAAGGCCAGCAAAUAAAGGGCCACAUUGAAAUUAAUGAGGCUUCAAAAAUAGAACUCGGCAUAGGUGACUUUGAGAAAAUGUCUGCAGUGAAAAAGAUGUUCAAGUGCCAGUUCACCGAAGUAUUGAGUAUUACUACAGAGAACAGAAUAUAUUACCUUAUUGGAAAAGAUAGCAAGGAAGUUGAGGAAUGGGCCACCUUCAUGUUUACAUUGUGCUCAGAAAAACAGAAACUGAAAGUCAGAAGUCGGUCCCAAUCUGUCCCAGCCUGUCUUGAUGAUUUGGAUACUAUUUCUAUCACCAAAAAGGAUCAGUGUCUUGGCACUAAAUAUGAAAACAUAGCAGCAGCAGCUUACAAAAAAAGGCCAAACUCAGACCCGACUUGUAAAGAAAUCCAGAAAGAAUUACAUAUUUAUGAAUCACCAAGAAAACUCCUACAACGCCUGAGGCAAAUGACAAAUAUUCCUGUUGAAGAACUGGAAGAAAAAGACAAAGAAGAAUAUUAUGCUUCUCCAACAAGUAUUUUAGCACAGUUGGAUGAGGUGAUUGAUGGGUUUAACACUCCGGGAAAACCUAGCAUCUCAGACAAUGAAAAGCUCAGUAGUAAUGAAGAAUACAUGUUCAUGAAAGAUUUGAUUCCAGAGAUGGUGGAAGAUAAAAUAAAGGCAAAACAUGUCAAUAAUGAAUUAGUGGUCCUUUCCCAAAAUCAGAUGGAUCUACAAGUGGCAGAAGAUAGUCAACAUAAACCAAAGCCAUUACCAAGAAUAUUGGAAAAAACACCCAAACUCUUUUUUUUAUCAGUGGUUCAAUUGUCCAUUAUACUCAGUAAAAUCACAGAUUAUAACCAGUUGGAGAAGGUGGAUAUUCUCCUUCCUCAACAAAAUCUUAUUUCCUAUUUAACACUUGUAAAAGCAUCUGGAUACAUAUGCAUUUCUCAGUGGAAAGACCCAUAUCGUUUAGGAUGCAUAUUUCAUCAAGGGGACUGUAUAGUGGCUGUGAAUGAUUUGAAAAUCAAAGAUAUGGAUGAAAUGUUUUGGUUCAUAAGUAGAUCCACAAGAAAGGAGGUAAAAGUGACAAUAAAUCGACUCCCAAAUUCAGAGAUUUUGCAUGUUCCAGGAUGCACGUGUCCAUAAUGGCAUAAAAGAACAGUGUAAGUA